UCCAGAAAGAAUACUAGGUAUCCACUUCGAACUUCCCACCUCCAAAAGGGAAAUCCAACAGCGGAGAUAAUGAGCGGGAGCCGCGGCGGCGGUGGCGAAGACAAGGGCCUCCUCUGGAAGCUUCACGUAAAGUCCAAGGAUCUCGGAAAGCUCGUGCCCCGGUAUCGUUUCGGUGCUGGCUGCGGUGUCGGCCUCGGUGUCGGCCUUUCGGCGUGAGCGGGAUUGGGAGCGGGAUUCCCAGGGCUACAGAUUGGAGUUGGGAUCGGUGCCGGGUGUGGAUUAGGGUUUGGGUUUGGCUAUGGAUUGGGGAAGGGAGUCGCAUACGAUGAGAACAAGAGGUAUUCUAAUGUGGGAAAGCUUUUUCGAGGGUCGGGGAACGGGCAGGGGAGGCUACCAUCUCAGGACCGCAUUGACGCAUUGCUGGAUGACCUCAUCAUGAAUACCAAAAAGCUGAUCAAAGCAACUUCAAAAGAGCUCGAGAAAUGGAGAUGAAACGUUUUCAAUCUCUAGAGGUUUGUCUUCCCAAUUCAGUUACAGGUUCGAUGUGAAAAUGUUACCCGAGCAAGCUUUUUCGAGAAAAUAACCUGGAAGAAACAAAGACACUAGUUGAAAGAUUUCGGGGAUUGCUUCAAAAAUAGUGUAUGAUUGGCCAAGCUGUUGAAUGUGCUUUAAGACAUUUAAGUUUGACAUUUAAAGAUUCCUAGCAAGACUGUUAUGGCUGAGAUGUGAUUCACUGGGAUGUACAUAUAUUUACUUUAAUGUAGAGAUUUCCCUGUUAAAUCCAGGGUUUUAUGUGAUGGCUGGAACUUUUAGAUUCAUUUAACUAUUAAAU